AUGUCGUCACCAACCCCAGGUUCCCCGAAAGCUAUAUUGAAUGAAGAUGCACUUAGGAAAAACGGUAUCUGGUUCGAAUCGAACAUAAAAGAUUCACCCAAACUACCGUCGUGGCUUGAAUCUGUACGUCAAAUUCUGACGUGCCGGCGGACCAAGCUUCCUUUUGAUGCAAAAGACGACUUCGAUAUCGACCACAGCGAAAUGGAUCGCAGUGAAAUUGACUCGAAAUGUGGCUGGGAUUUGCGACCAAAAGAUCACGACUUUGAAAACAAAAAGCAACGGAGAAAGAGCUGCAGCAAAAACGAUGCUGAAUCCCAGCGACGAAUGAGCCUGGCUGGCAAGGAGCGUUGA